CGUAAGCUGAUGAUAAGCUAUGAAGCGCUGGAUUAUCGAACCAAACAAAUAUUUCUGGACAUUGCGUGCUUCUUCAUCAACAAGAGUAGAACCAAUGCCACGUACUUGUGGAAAGUUUGCAAUUUUGAUCCAGAGACGGGAAUAAAAGAACUUAUUUCGACAUCACUGGUAAAAGUUGUGGACAGCGAUCGGUUAUGGAUGCACGACCAUCUUAGAGAUCUUGGAAGGGAAAUGGUUUGCCUAGAGAAUUUCAUGGAUAUCGGAAAGCGUAGCAGAUUGUGGAUACAUGAGGAGGCGUUGGGCGUCCUGAAGGGCAGGGAGGGUACAAGAAAGGUCCAAGCACUGUGUCUGUCCCCGGAUGAGCGUUUAAGGGACAUGUCCUUCACAAAUGAAGAGUUUAGACAUCUGCCAAAUUUGAGGAUUCUUGGAUUAUAUGGGUUGAACUUGACAGGGGAUUUUGAGCAUCUGUUUUCCAAGUUAAGGUGGCUUUCCUGAUAUUGCUGCCAAUCGGAAUUUAACGCAACUAAUCUGACUCUGGAAAAUCUAGUCAUUCUGGACCUUUCAAGAAGUCACAUAAGCGAGAACUGGGUUGGUUGGAGCCAAAUCAAGAUGGGAAGUAACCUGAAAGUUCUAGAUCUCACAAGUUGCCAGAAGUUAACUAGAACACCUGAUUUCUCAAAGCUCAAUGCCUUGGAGAGAUUGAUUCUUGAAGAUUGUAGAAGGCUGUCUAAAAUUGGCAGGUCGAUUGUGAAGCUAGUGAGACUGAAGCACCUGAAUGUCAAGGGAUGCGAUUCACUGGAAGGUCUACCAAAAGAAUUGGAUUCUUUAGAUGCUUUGGAGGAGAUCUUCAUGAGAGGGUGCGGUGGUUCUUUUACCCUGCCAAAAUCGAUCGGUACUUUGAAAUCACUGGCAAUCCUUGAAGUAUCUCGGGUGAAGAUCAUUGAACUUCCACCCUCUAUUACUAGACUGGCAAACCUCAAGCGCCUGUCGUUGUCCCGCUGUUCAAGGGUAAAAAAGCUUCCAGUCUCGUUGGGGGAAUUAAAGUCCCUGGUUGAGUUGAAUUUAUCAAGUACGAAAAUCACUGAACUGCCCGAUUCAAUUGGGAAACUAGUCAAUCUCGAGGUCUUGUCUAUAUCAGAGUGUUCUGGGAUCGAGAAACUUCCCGACUCUAUUGGAAAUCUAAUGUCACUGGUGAGGUUGAACAUAUCACGUACAGUAAUAACCAAAAUACCCGAUUCUAUCAGAAAUCUGAAAGAGUUGAAAGUGAUAGAGAUGGCACGGAGUUGCGUAAGGAAGCUACCUAAAGCUAUUGGACAGGUUGAGAAGCUCGAAGAGUCACAUGCCAAGAGGUGUAAGAUGAUAGGUGUAGUUCCGGAUGAGCUUGAAGAGUUGUCUCAACUAAGAAUUUUGGACUUGUCAUGCACUGCAGUUUCCACACUGCCUUCCUUGAAUAGGCCUACCGUCCUCCACACACUUCACCUUGAAUGGUGUGACCAUCUUCAAGAGCUACCUGAGCUUCCCUCGAGUUUGAUCAGACUACAUAUGACAUCCCUCUCACUACAAAAACUUCCGGAUCUCUCAGGGCUGAACAAUUUAAUCAGUCUGAAGUUAUAUGAUGCCACCUGCAUUAGCCCAUCAAGUGCAUUGCAGCCUUCCAACUUUGAUUGGAUUAGUAAGCUUUCAAGCUUGGUGACUUUGGAGUUAUGCCUUUCCAAUAUCACCAAUCUACCGAAGGAUUUCCGAGCCUUUUAUCAGCUCAAAAAACUCGAAUUGUCUUGCACAAACUUACCAGGAGCACUACAACUUCCCCAUUCUUUAUCGAAGUUGGUCCUUGGGUAUAUGCAAGGAAAGAAACUUCCGAACCUCUCUCACUUGAAAAACCUGUCCUAUCUGCGUUUGUACAACUGCUCUAUAGAAGCUGGAUUUGAAAACCUUGCGGUUGGGAAGUUGGAGCCGUUGAACAGCAUCGAGAUAAUGUGUUGCUUUUUUGAAAGAUUUGAUGCCAGCCAUCUGCCUGAAAAUUUGGAGAAGUUGACAGUUCAUCGGUGUCGGUCCCUCAAGAUAUUACUCCAUCUGUCACGUUUGAAGAAUCUAAAGCAACUGUAUCUUUCUGAGUGUGAAAAGCUUAUGGAGGUUCACGGUCUCGGGGAGCUGCUGUCAUUAGAAUGGUUGGACGUAGUUGGGUGCCAUUCAUUGGAAAGUUUAGAGAAUCUGUCGAAGCUGGAGAAACUCGAGCUUCUCAAUGUAGAUGAUUGCAGGAAGCUCGUGGACUUCGAAGGUGGUGGCAGAAUCAAGUCUAUGCAGCACCUGUUGAGAAAUAGAUACUUGGCACGUGGAACGGACAUCCUUUUCAGCAGCGGAAGCCCAACAAGAGCAGUGCAGAGAAGGCAUCGAAGGGUGGCAUCUUUGUGAUUAAGCAGCUGGUUCGCCAUUGAAAUAAGUCCCGGCUUAUUGGAAUUAUUCUCCAGUGUAGAAAAUUCAUUUUUUAUGUCUGCUUUAACAUGCCAGUUGAUUCCUUCUAAAUGGUGGGAGGAGGGGAGAAGACUGAAUGCUCAGAGUCGGGUUUGCUAUUGGAAAGGGGUGUCCACCCUCGUGUUUUUAGCUCGAUCUAUGAACAUCCUUAGUAGGAAGACAAAUUAGAGGCAGGACCAGAGUAGAAGCAUCCGUGAGAGCCGCUUCACAUUAUAUUGGAUAGACUCGAAUAGGAAAAGGAAAUAGUCGAGGAGCUUCUCGGACCUGUGGCUAUGACACCUAUCACCAACCUAUUUCCCUGCAUUGUUAGGAUACGCUGCCUAAUUCAUUUCACCAGAUUGUUUUAUUAGCUCCUCAUCUUACGUGCUAGUGGCCGGACGGAUUAUAAUCUUCUGAAGUAUCGAUCCCAUGAACCUACGUACAGAAGAAGCUGAAGCUAAAGCUAUUCAUGGCAAAAGGGGGCAUGCUUCUACUGCUGAAAUAUCCCUGCAAUGCAACCAAGUUCACAGGUGCUUGUAUCCUAUUGUUUUGAAGCUAAUAAUGGAGGAAGUUCAUUCAUUCGAAAAAUUGCGGUUAGAUUCUUAAAUUGGUUCAUUAGGACUGGUAUCAGUCGCUGUUUUCGUUGACAUAGUUCGUAGUUGUUCAAUAGCAGUUCUUAGGCUGUCCAUUAAAGUACGGGACAAUAGGCUGCAAUUCUUUUGGAAUUUUUACCAUAUUUUUACCA